CGCCCGCCACAUCACUAGCAUGGCGGAACACGGAGCAGGAAUUCCGCUUAUGCGCUGGUGACAGCGUCGUUGACGGGGUAACACCGAUGAUGUCUAUCCCCCGGCGGUACAGAACUGUUGCCCGGCGACGAGCGGCGAUCCCUGAAGUCAACUAACCAGCUGCGAGCAACUUGGCCUUGAUCUCCUCGGACACACAGCUGGUUUGGAGGCUUGUGUCAGACUUGACAGACGGUGGAUGAAGCCAAGUGUUUGCCCUGAUGCUCUGACUUGAACCGGUGCCUUUCCUCGACUUGAACUCCUCUCCCGGGUUAGCUAGAAUAGUUUACCGUUGCUCGAGAGUUUUAGAAAUAAGAUAAUGGAUGUGCUCGGGUUACUGCAUUUGGACGAACUGUCCCACGGACUGGCAAACUUGUCCAUGUUUCCAUACUUUGACAUGGCGCAUUAUAUCGUGUCAGUCAUGGCUCUGAGGGAGCAGCCAGGAGCUCUCGAGGUGUCCAGAGUCAGCCCCUUAGCCUGCUGGUUCAGCUCCAUGCUCUUCUGUUUUGGUGGAGCUGUGCUGUCAGGGAUCAUGCUGGCAGAGCCACCUGUAGCACCUCUGACCAACAGCACCAGCGUUCUGCUCGCUUCAGUCAUUUGGUACCUGGUGUUUUACUGCCCCAUGGACCUGGUGUACUGUUGUGCCGCCCUGCUGCCUCUCAGGCUGGUGCUGUCAGGAAUGAAGGAAGUGACCAGGACAUGGAAGGUGCUUGGAGGGGUCACCCAGGCUCACAGUAAAUACAAGGAUAGCCUGCUGGUCAUGAUUGCCAUUGGGUGGGCUAAAGGUGCAGGAGGUGGCCUGAUAAGUAAUUUUGAGCAGCUUGUUCGGGGUGUGUGGAGACCAGAGACUAAUGAGCUCCUCAAAAUGUCUUACCCUACCAAGAUCACCCUGAUAGGGGCGGUGCUGUUUGCUCUGCAGCAGACCCACUACCUGCCUCUCCAGAAGCACCAUCUGAUGCUCCUCUACACCAUGUUUACCGUCAUCAACAAGUCAAGAAUGAUGCUGACUGGCUCCUCCGCCUCACCAUUUGCUGCCUUCGAGUCAGCCAUCUACAAGACCCUCUUCACUGGCUACUCCCCUUAUGCCGUCCUCACCGGCGAGGUAAAGAAGGCAUGUAUCGAUAAUGGCACAACAAACAGGAUGACCUCCACCUCCACAACCAAAGAGUCCAGUGAGAACAGAGCAGUGGGGAAAAGCGCCCCAGCCUCUCCCGUCAGGGGACAAAGUGAAUCACUCAAAGCCAAAGAGGAGUCAGAGAACGCAGAGACAACAGACUGCAAGAAGACAAACUAGUCAGACUCUGCCCCGUAGCGCCUUUUCACCUCUAAGGGUUGUGGAGUCAUUUCUGAUUCAGAUUUGUCAUACCAGGACUUCCUGCUCUGUUUCUCUUUUAUCAGGAAACAUGUUUUUGUCUUGCUGGACAAAACAGUUUUUAUUCCAUUCUAUUAACAUUUUAUUUCUUUUACAUUUUUUAGAAUUCAAUUUAAAGCCUUUUGCUGAAAUAGAAUUUCAAUAACAGCUGACUCCAACCAACCCUGCACCUUAUUCUGGGAUAAUCACCCCCAUCCUUAAAGUACUGUAAUAUUUAUGCUGUUGGAUGUGAACAUCAUAUUAUCCUUGGGCUGAUUGCACACUUGCAGUACGAUGUGUAGCUUAAUUUUUAUAUAUUUAUAAUGAGAACAAAUGGUUGAUAAUUCUAUCUCUGGGUUCUGGGAACAGUGCUGUGCACCUGCUGAUCUAUGAAUGUCUCGAUCUUUCUCUUUCUCUCUGUAUAUAUUCUGCUUCAUGUAAAUGCUAUAUUUCCUACUCUGAAAUAGUUAAGAGACAUUUUUAAAAGAGAGAUUAUAUUCUGUGACACUCAGAUGUUUUAUUCUAUUUAUACUAGAUAAAUGCACUCUUGAAUGUAUAACAAUUGGAAAUGGAAGACAGCCUUUUAUUGUGUUGUGUUUCAUUGGUGAAUGCUUUGAAUUACAACUGAAAGCAUGAGAUUAAACAGCUAUAAAUGCUCUAUAAAA